AUGGUUUCAAACAAUGUUGUUCCGAUGAAGUUAGAAAGUUCUGACAGAAGAUAUGUAGUUGUCAGAACGUCAGAUUCUCAUAUGCAAGAUACAGAAUAUUUUGACGACUUAGCAGAAACUUUGACAUCUGACUUUUACAACCACUUGUUCUCAUAUUUUAUGACAUUAGAUAUUUCUAAGUUCAAUCCAAGACAAAUUCCACAUACCGAAGAGAGACAAACAUUGUUAGAAGCAAACAAGAGUGUAUAUGAACUGUUCAUAGAUGAAACUGACUUUGAGUGUUUAGAUGAAAGGUCAUUGUACGAUUCGUAUAAACAAUAUUGUCAAGAAUAUGGUUAUAUGGCAGCUUCUAAACGUACAUUCUUGGCAAAUGUCAAAAGUCUUUUAGAUGUUCAGAAUGGUGUAUAUACAAAGAAAAAUUUUUCUGAGUAA